CUUUCAUCUUCGGAUUCUCGUCCAUGGUGACGCCGGCGGCCAAGGGUGGGCUCAGUUGACGGCGGUGGCUCGGCCGGCUGCAGCGACACGCUUGCCGAAGGCACUGCCGGCGGCAGCGGACGCAGCUGAGUGCCUGUACUUGAGACAUAGUUGUGAGGACGCAACACAUACUUGACCUCAUCGGCCGCCUGUCGGCGGCGGCCAGGAAAUCUGUAGAUUUCAAGACGCGCAAAUCGCGACCCAAUAUUUUACAUAAAACCCCCUGAUAAACCGUCGUCACCCGACAUUUUUACAAAUAAUCUCCCUGCUCGGCUGCUCCCGACGAUCCGCCGCCGCCGUCGAUGCUGCUCUCCUCCUCUCCGGCGCCGCCACGCGAGGGCGCCGUCGCACCCUCCCUCUGGGCGGAGGCCGCGUCCUCGGCGGUGCUCCGGCACUACCACUCCCUGCCCAAGAAAGGCAAGCCGCAGGGGCGCGAGUCCACGGUCCUCGCCGCCUUCCUCCUCUCCACCCCGCAGGAUCCACAGAGCCCCACCGUCCUAUCCAUGGGAACCGGCACCAAGUGCCUCGGCGCCUCGCGGCUCAGCACCCGUGGGGACCUCGUCCACGACGCGCACGCCGAGGUCAUCGCUCGCCGCGCUCUCCUCCGCCUUGUCUACUCCGAGUUCGGCCACAGCGGCCAGCCGGAUUGGUUGGUUGGCUCUGGGGAUGGUAGAAGAUGGAGGCUAAAGGAUGGUCACUGUCUUCAUCUUUACAUCACCCAGCUCCCAUGUGGGGUCAUGCCAGUACCGCCAUCAGAAUCAGAAUUGCCGAGGGAACAGCUGGAUUGUGGUGUGAAUGGAUGCAGUGACAUCGGUUUUGUUCAAAGGAAGCCUGGCCGUGGUGAUACAACAUUGUCCAUGAGCUGCUUUGACAAAAUCACUCGUUGGAGUGUUGUUGGAAUUCAAGGUGCAUUGCUGUCCCACAUACUGGAACCCUUGUAUUUGACCACCAUUACUAUUGGACAGUUACCUGAUGGUGCUCCUGAAGGGUUCUCUAUUGAAAAUAAUAUUGAGAAAGUUCUCAAUGCUCGCUUGUCCUCUCUAUCCAGCAGAUUGCCUGCUUCUUUCAAAUUGAGCACGCCAAAGUUUUUUGAGGCACCUGUUCCACCUAAAGAGUUUCAACAGAUUUCUGGAGAUGUACCACCUUUGACUUGCGGGUACUCAAUUUGUUGGAAUAAAUCUGGUUUGCAUGAAGUUGUCCUGGGAACAACCGGAAGGAAACAAGGAACGUCUUCAAAGGCAGCAUGCUUCUCCUCCACCGAGUCAUUGCUCUGCAAGAGAAGAUUGGCGGAAGCUUUCAUGUCACUUGAACAUUCAUUGUUAACAAAAUUCCAAUCUGGGGAUCUGUCUUAUCGUGCAAUGAAGGAUGAGGCUCAUGAGUACCAGCAUACGCUUGAGCUUCUGAAAAAGGCCCCAUUCUUCAGCUGCUGGCGUGCCAAGCCUGCAUCCCUCGGCUCUUUCGCAGUUGUAAGGUGACGAUCAUCCCCAGUUCCAGAGGUGAACAGUUGCAGCACACUGGAAUCACGUUUUGUGCUUGGGUCUUAAACCCCCCCCCCCCCCCCCCCCCCCCCAACACACACACACACCAAUUCAAGUACAGCUACGAACUCCAGGAAAAUAGAAAGAGGCUGCAAAGCCCUGUAAUGUUUUUGUACGUAGCAUUGGGGCCUGAUUUUGUCCCGGUAGAAAUACUCUGUACUAGGUAGCAUCGAUUGUCAUUUGGCAUUUGGGGUAGAUCUUGUGUGUGGAACAGUUUGUCCCGUCUUGAACCCCGUUUGUCUGACUCAACCUCUGACAGUUUGUAGCAUCAGAAUAAUCUCCGUGA